AUGGCGCCCAAGAAGGGUAAAGAGUCCCUGUUGGACCUCUGUGGCCGAGCAACCACAUUGGGAAACAGCGUGUCGGUGCGCAUGUUGGAGUAUCUCAGCAACGUCAAGGAACCACCGCAUGGGUUUCGUGAGUUGGCCACGAACUUCCUCGAUAUUUGUCGGGUCCUGUGCUCCAUCGAAGCAGGACUAUCUGAGGCUUCGCGGGGACACAGCCAGUUUCCCAACGACAUGCAACAGGAACUGGACAAAAAGUUUCGUCAGGCAAACGAUGACUUCAUUGUUUUGAACCAAAUGCUUGUCAAAUUCCUCGAGUAUGAGAAGAAGGGUGGCUUGGGCAAGCUCAGGAAGGGAUGGCAUAUGAUGUUCGCGGACACAGACAUUCACAAGAUGAAGGACUCGCUCGCCAGGAGCCGAGAUGCGCUGGGCAUGAGUGCAAUGGUGUUCAGAUGGUAUCUCGGCGACGCAAAAGCAGAUGCUUCCGUCGGCAUAGGGUAUACGGGUCUUGCAGCUGUCCUCGAGCGUAUGAACCCUACCAUCAGGCACAGCCCGUCGACCACUGUUAAGUCUCCUCCUCCUCGUCCUCCUUUUCUAGAAGCACCCGAGCUUCUGCCACCACUGCCAGCCAUUCCAUUGAGGGAGAAAACGUCAGAGUCCAACUUUCUCUCACGGCUCGACGAGGAUCCAGAUACCUUGACCGCGAUCCCUCAGAGGCAAAGUUUCAGCAGGCCAGCACCCAGCACCAGGUCCAGCAAGCUCACGAUCAAUUCCACCUCCAGGGAGAGGGAACAGCAAAUGAUGAGCAGUGAGAGUUCGCGUACCGAGGUCGUCGUUGAAGAUCAUGUCUCCAUCAAAACGGCGGAUUCCUUUGCCCAGAUCGAGGACAUGAUACACGACAUCGGACUGGACAAGCACUCUUCUGCGAAUGCUCGCGUGAAAGCCGAUCCUGCCACAGUCCCAAGAUGGACACCUAAGCAAACGUCUGGGGCAAACUCGGCCGCUCUCAAAUCUUCAUUGCUGAAUGCCGUCCAGCAGAAGAAGCACAAGAUGAUCGAGCAACUGCUGGACUGCGGCGUUCCUCCUGACGGUGAGAACGGGGUUAAUCUCCUCCGAGAAGCAGUCCUUCAUCAAGAUUUCGAGACAGUCCGACUGUUGCUCCUCUUUGGAGCCGAUCCCAAUGGCCUUGACAAGAUCAAAUUCAGCCCCCUUUUGUCCGCGACAGAACUGUCAUUCCUGGAAGCGGCAAAGUUGCUUCUGAAAUAUGGAGCUGACCCCAAUCUUCCCGCCGGUCCCGAUGGAGAGUGUCCCCUUGCAAUGGCCGUCAUGGAGAACAAGCUCGAGUUCUUGCAGCUAUAUCUCACAUACGGAGGAGACACCAACCUCAACACCGCUGAUGGCAACACCCUUCUCGUCAAGGCUAUAAAUAAAACCAAUCCGAAGAAGUUGGUUGAGCUUCUGGUCGACUACGGCAGCGACGUGAACGGAAAAAAUGGGGAGGGGGAGACGCCGCUUUUCACAGCAAUCCAGGCGAGAAGAAUUGAUAUAAUGAUCUUUCUCCUCGAUCAUGGAGCCAAUCCCAACUUACCAGGGCCCAAGCACCUUCUGUGGCCUUCAACCUACCAGCCAAAAGCGCUCCAGCUGCUGUUAUCUCGAGGAGCAGAUUUGAAAAAGUGUCCUGGAGUCCUGGAGCUCGCAACGAGUAUCAAUAACCUGGAGUCGGUAACUACCCUGCUCAAAGCCGGUGUCGAUCCCAAUGCUAAGAAGGACGGAACUUACACACCUCUCUGUUCUGCCAUUCGUGACAACCGGGGCGAACUUGUUUCGCUCCUCUUGGCCAAUGGAGCCGAUCCAAAUCUGAUGGCGUCCGAAUACCCAGCCUUCAAGUGCGUGACUCAUGACCGCACACAUCUGCUUCCGCAACUCGUUGCUGCUGGGGCGAACCUGCACAAACCCAAGGGCAUCAUCGAGAAAGCCGUGGCGCACAACAAUAAGGACGCCCUCAUGUUCUUACUAGACCAGAAGGUUAGCCCCAAUGACAGAAGCGCUGAGGGCUAUACGCCUCUGACUACGGCCAUCCGUGAUGAGAGACUUGACUUUAUCGAUGUACUUCUAGCCAAUGGUGCAGACCCCGGGAUCAGAGGUCAGGAUUGGCCCAUUUGCAUGGCGGUGAAAAGGCCUGAGAUUCUCCGCAAGCUCCUCCCUUCUGUCUCCAACCCAAGAGCAUUUAAAGGUGUGUUGGAGAUGGCCGUGGUUGCAAACCAGCUCGAGAGUAUCAAGUUGUUGCUGAAAGCCGGUGUCAACGUCGAGGACAAGAACGGCGGAGUUUUCUCCCCUCUGACGACCGCAAUUCGGGAGGACAGAAAAGAGAUUGUUCGCUUCCUGCUCGACGAAGCCGGUGCCGAUGUCAACGCCCCCGGCGAGCAUCUACCCAUCAUCAAGGCUAUCCGGAGAUAUCGCAACAACGACACCGAGAUUAUGGAGAUGUUGCUCGCCCGGGGAGCCGACAUCAAUCUCAUGUACCGAGGGUGGAACGCAGUGCUCCAAGCGGUGGAAAAUGGAGACGCUAAGAUUUUGAAGCUUCUCGUCGAGAGGGGUGGUGGCGUCGACCUGGAAGCGAAAGACGAAUCCGGGAGGACAGUAAUGGAUAUUGUGAACGGGCGAGGCUGGGAUGAGGCUGUAACAAUUUUGCUGGGUGGAGGAAGCCCAUAG